AUACUAGUUGUUUGGUCGAUCACAUUCACUUUCCUACCCAAACACAUCAAAAAAAAAAAUGUCACCGGAAAACGAGCAGCACAUGCUGGCCGGAUUGAACUACGACGACACGAAGCUGACCCUUGGCUUGCCUGGCUCAGGCUCUAAACGUGUGUUCUCCGAGACCACCAGCGUCGAUCUCAACCUUGGGAGCUCAUGCUCGUCAUCAACAACUGUUGAUGAUGAGGUUAAAACUCAGAAACCUCCUGCCAAGGCACAAGUAGUGGGGUGGCCGCCGGUGAGAGGGUCUAGGAGGAACUUGAUGAAGAGCUGCAAGUAUGUCAAGGUUGCUGUGGAUGGAGCUCCAUAUUUGCGCAAAAUGGAUCUUGAGACGUGCAAAAGCUAUCACCAGCUUUUGGGUGCUCUUGAGGAUUUGUUCUCCUUCUUGACCAUCCGUAAUGACAUGAAUGAGAGAAAGCUUAUGGACCUGGCUAAUGGAGUGGAAUAUAUGCCUACUUAUGAGGACAAGGAUGGGGAUUGGAUGCUUGUUGGAGAUGUUCCAUGGAAUAUGUUUGUGGAAUCAUGCAAGCGCCUAAGGUUGAUGAAAAGCUCAGAGGCGAUUGGAUUAGCUCCAAGAGCACCUCCAAAAUGCACAAGCACCAGCUGAAAGACAAUUAAGCCUUCUAGUUAUGUGAUGAUAGAAUGAUAAAUAUAUGCAUGUAUAGAGACUUUUCUUCUUAAUUGAAGAGUUUUGGUUAGGAAGACUAGUUGAGAUGAAUAAGAGUUUGGUCUGUAAUUAUCUUCUAGUUGCUUUUUUAUGCACUACUUGAUGAUGUAGGCUUCUCCUUUUCUUGGUUAAUCACAGUUCAUGUUUUACUUGGAGA